ACCCUGCUCCACUUACUCUCCCUCGCUCACUGGGCUUAACAAUCCCCGAGACAACCUUGAAGCUUCCCCCCCAAACCCAGAGAAUCUCAGUCACUGAUAGCUCGCUCAAAAUUUCGGCGAAACUAGACAUGGAGGGAGUGGGGUCGCGGCUGGGCCGAGCCUCGUCCCGGUCCGGUUCAGCAGCGACGGCUUCAGUGUUCAGUGGCCCGGUGAGGAAGUGGAAGAAGAGGUGGGUAAACGUGUCGCCGUCUCCCGCAGUCGUUUCUCAUUCCCAAUCCAACGGCCACCAUAGAAGCAACGGAAAUGGAAGCAACAACGUCUCCUCCUCUCACCUCGUCCUUUGCCGCUGGACCCCACUACCCCUUGCCACUGCCGCUACAGACGACGCAGCUACUGCCGGUGAGGAGGAGCCUCCCAAACGCAGGUUCCGAUACACUCCGGUUUCUGUAAUUGAAGGACAGAAGAUGAGAAGUGCGAAAAAUGAUGAAGAUGAAUCUAAAACAAGGGAGAUUAGCCAAGUUAAGAAUUCCCCAACUUCAAAAGGCAAUGAACUGAAUGCGGACAACGCGUUGAAGAAAGAAGCAAAGGAUUCAGAAAUCAGUCAUUUGGAUUUGGGUUUAUGCUUGAAAGGCCACGUUGGCGGUAGUGAUUUUGGCCAGAGCAAAGAUACUCAGUUGAAAAGUGCAAGCUCAGGUCGGUUUUGGACUAUGGCUUGAUACAAAGCUGCUGCUGAUGAAAGUUCAUACCCCUUACUGUAAUCUCUGCACUGAAAUGACUCAACACUGCUCCGCUUUGUAAUCAAAUUGUAGACUUGUUUUGUAAUCUUCCGUGCUUAUGUGAGGUCAGUUUGUAUUUACAACAAAAUCUCUUAAUCUUGCGCCUAGUUUACUGCCUUGUAUAUAUAGUUAUGCUGUGGCAGCUACAUGAAAAGUUCUCCCCUUCAUAUUA